AUGUCUCACAAGUUUGACCUCCCGUAUUUAACACCUCACUGUAACUCAAUCAUAACUCUUAAACCUCAGCCAUCGCCCAGUAUGUGCGAUGCCAUGUACUCAUUGAUGAAUAUCUUUGCAGGCCAGGCUGCGUUCAUAUUCAUUCAUUGUGGUAGCCAGUGCACUGCUCAAUUUCAUGUUGUCCCGAGUGCUGAUAUUCGUGAUUCACCCUCUCGAUCAUCCACCCAUCACCCUUCAGUGACCGUUCUGGUCGUUGCUCGUGGUAUCUUUGUACAUUCUGCCUUGCUCGCUCGUGUCGUGCACUCCAUCGCCUAUGAUCCCGCGGUCCACAUUGUAUGUGUGGAGGGUCUCGCUCUUGCCGAGCUCUUGGCUAGUGAUGCGAGGCUGACCUUGGCCAUCAAUCAUUCAGAGGGUCACCUUGAAAACAUCUCUCAUUACAUGGACCCACAAACUCGGCUCAUCCUAGACUUCCCUCCCAUGACCUGA